AUGAGUUUUCUCGAUUCCGUUCUUUCGUCUAUCGAGACGGGUAAACCGUCUCCAAUCCCCCCCACCUCUGCCUCACCGUCGCCUCCUGUAACCUCUUCAAAUGCUAAGACCGAGGUCCGCAAACCGGUUAACGUCCCUCGAGAUGGCGCUUCAGAGCGCAAACCUCUGGUUUCUGGAAUCAAGCGAAAGGCCGAGGAGCAGCUAGCUCGUCCUGCAAAAUCUGUUACUCCAGCACCUACCAGGGCAGCAGCAACAUCAUCAACAACCAAUACCACUACCACGGCGAAGUCUACCGUAUCUACAGCUCCUAGACCUCGUCCGAGCGCGCCUUCUACAACAGCGACCACUGCAGUCAAGAGCCGCUCUUCAACCCCCCAGCAGAAGGCGCCUCCAGUGUCAUCGAAGCCUCCCCCUAAAGGCUCCUUUGCGGAUCUCAUGGCCAAGGCUAAAGCACUACAAGAGAAGGCCCCGACUCAAGUUGGCAUGUUCAAACACCAAUCUGCCCCCAAAGAGAAGCUCAGCAAAGUCGAACGCAAGAAGAAGGCAGUGGAGGCGCAGACCAAGGACAAAGGUGUGCGGUCGGCCAAGAAGGCAGGCGUUACUGCUGGUGGAGCUGCAGGCACGAAAUCCGGUGACGGCAAGGUCGUCAGGAAGAGGGAACCCGAGCCAUUAUCCUACAAAGGAACCGCAAGACCGCCUCCGUCUACAGGCCAGCCCGAAUACCGAGGAACCGCCGGUCUGCCACCACGCAAAACACUUGGCGACCGGAAAGCACAGUCUCGUUCCAAGCCUCGAAUGGAUGAAUACCUGGGGACUGAUGAGGAAGACGAGGGUGAUUAUGCCGAUGACUACGACGACUACUAUUCAGAAUCCUCCGAUAUGGAGGCGGGCUUGUACGAUGUGGAGGAAGAGGAGGCUGCUGCACUGGCGGCCGCCCGACGGGAAGAUGAGGAGGAAUGGCGCGCAGAGCUUGCCGCCAAGCAGCAGAAACUGGAGCGUCGCAAGAAGCUCGCUUCGUUGGCAUCGCGACGAUAA